AUGCAGCAGCCCUAUCGCUCGGCCAAUUCAAACCGAAACGGCUCGUACGAGCUGCCUCCGGUUCAAUCGGUCACGGGAGGAUUUGCGUCUGGUGCCGGGUUACCCUCGGCCCCGCCCAGUCGGCCAGACAGCGGAAUGCGCAUGGCCCAUCUCUUGCAGCCGAUGCCGCCGCUGCAACAGCCUCCGCAGUCCUUGGCACACACGUCCCCUCGAGCGCAGGCACCAGGGCCACUACCUCGACCCGCUCAGUCCAAUGCGUCUGGUCCAACCCCGGCCCCGUCCACGUCGCCCUACAGCCGAUUCUAUGAAUCCGCGUCCGGAUCUCCCGCGGAAAGUGGAGGCCUGCCCGAUGCGCCGCCGAUGGGGACGGUCGUGGGGGGUCCGGCCAUGUAUCAAACCAGUCCGGUCGGCCUCCAGCAGUCAGCGUCGACUCCGCUGCAACAGAAAAGAGCGUACCGGCAGCGCCGCAAGGAUCCAAGCUGCGACGCGUGUCGGGAGCGCAAAGUCAAAUGCGAUGCCACCGAAACCUCUCACUGCACUGAGUGCAUCAACCGCAAGGUGCGCUGUCUGUUCACCAAGGAGACGAAUCGCCGUAUGUCCUCGAUCAAGCAGGUCCAAGACCUGGAGAAACAGCUGCAGACGACCAAACAGCAACUUCAGCAAUUACGAUCCGGUAUGUUACGACCCGAUGGGAUGAUGGAUAUCGAUGAUGCCUCGUCCACUCCGAUGAUCAAAUUGCCCGAAAUCGACUACAAGCCGUCUCGACGGCCCAAAGCCCUCAUCACGCACGACAUGACCGCCGUCAGGUCCAAUUUGCGACUAUAUGGGCAGGGGAUAUUGAAAGCACCCCACCCGCAUCAAAUCUCCGGCGCGAUAUCGAGGGUACCGGCCGAGGUGGCGCCGGAUCUGCCGCCUAAGGAAGUGGCCGAUCGUCUUCUUGCGCAGUAUUAUCAAUGUUUACAUCUGAUUCUCCCUGUCAUUCACUGGCCCGAAUUCAUUGUGGCGUAUGAGGAGCUCUAUCGAAAGGGCACCGUGAUUGGAGCAUCGAGCGAAUGGGCGGCUGUCUUGUUCGGUGUAUUUGCAUGUGGUGUGCUGCAUGGAGUCGAGCCCAAUCGGGAAGAGAAAGGCAAGGAGUAUGUUCGUAUCUCGUGCGGCAUCAUCGAUGUCUGGCAAGAUAGCUUCAACUUGGACCGGGUCCGCGCCUCGCUACUGUUGAGCAUCUUUCUCUAUGAAGUCAACUCCAAAUCAGCCAGCUGGGUGUGGAUCGGCUCGGCUGUUCGAGUGGCGCAAGAAAUUGGGCUGCAUAUCGAGUCCGGACCGUGGUCAGAUGUUGAGUGCGAAAUGCGCAAACGCAUUUGGUGGGGGGUAUAUACAUAUGACCGCCUCCUCGCGCUUGAGAUGGGAAAGCCCGUCGUGAUCAACGACCAAGACUGCGAUAUCGACUUGCCCUGCCCGGUAGGCGACCAGCCCCUUGCGCAGGGCAAAUCUACAGACGACCACCAUACGACGCCGUCUCCAUUGCUCGCUACCAUCCACGUUGUCCGCUCAAUCGGUCAACUCACCCGUACCCUCCGCUCCACCACAAUCAGCUACGCGACCUUGGAAACCUUCGAACGCCACUUCACGAUCUGCCGCACCACCUUCCCUGCCCAUCUCCAACUGAAGCAAGACACCGAUCUUGAUCCCCGCUCCUUGGCUCCACUCAUCUACCUCCAAAAUGCCCGUCUACUUCUCCACCGACACAAUAUAUCUCCCUUUUGUCAACCCAGUGUGCGGGUUGCCGCCGUCGACUAUUGCACGUCCAUCGCCGUGGAUACCGCCCAGCUUUUAUCACGAAGCAUGCGACCCCAGGCCGGCACCGAGGACUGGCGCGGCCUCUUUGCGUCCAGCGCGGGGACCCUUUUGUGUACGCACAUCUGGCGCUCCACGCUCUUUCUUCUUUUCAGGCAAGAGUUCGGUGCAGCCUUGGCCUGCGUCCAAGCAAGCGCGGCCGUUGGGGAUGAUCGGGCCGUGAAUGCGGCCUGUGGUCGAUACCUGGCUUUUUUCCUUCAAUGUAUCCUUGACCGGGUCCGGAGAAAUCCCGCGGCUGAUUUCUGCCAGGAUGAAGAGAUGAUGGCGUACCUGUCUGGUGAUAUGCAGGGAACGACCGAUGGCAGCUGGGUCUGGCAGGGGAGCGAGUCCGGGUUCGAUCUUGAAAAUAUUUCUGGCCAAACGAGACCAGCGGGACUCUCUGCGCAAGAGUCACAGUGGGCCGGCUGGGAUUGGAUCGAGAGGACGGUGGCCCAUCUUCUUGGUGAAAGUCAGCGUCGCGAUUAUGAACCUCGUGAUGUGGUGAUGGAUUCUCGACCCGAUCAUUCCUCAAACCUGCUCGCUCCUCAGGCCGCAGGAUCAGACACGAGUAGUGAACGUCGAUCCAGUUCCGCUCAUUCACGCAUGACCAUUGCCAGUAUCAUCUGA